GUUAUUGAUCUGAAUUUUCAGGUAGACAUAUGGGAGGAAAGGAAAGUCUUUGGAUCUCGUGGUAGGAGUCUUAAAGAUGAAAUGCUUGGUAAAGAUCCUCCACCAUUAUUGGAGAACAAUGGAAAAUUUUCAAAUUCAAUCAAGAUAGUAAAGAAGGAUGCUCACUCAAUAAGACUAAAAUUGGCUGUUGGAGGUAUGCCUGAAAAAAUAGUUACUGCCUUUCAAGCUGUACAUGAUGAACAUUUCAAUGAAGACACUGCUCUAAACAAAUGUAAAGCUACUGUUCGUCAUGUGGAAAAGAUGGAGAAAGAUGUUGACAAUGCCUGCAUCCAAGGAAAUCAACAGGGUCCAACAUUCGCAAAUGAAUUACAAGAACGGGAAAAUUUCCUGCAGCAAUGCAUUGAUCAACUUGAAAGUGUUGAAGCAACCAGAGUAGCUUUGGUUGCUCAGCUGAAAGAAGCUCUUCAAGACCAGGAAACGAAGCUAGAGCUUAUUCGCACACAAUUGCAAGUUGCUCAUGCUCAGAUAGACCAAGCAACUAAUAUGAGACAGAGGCUCGCUUCAGCCACAGUUUCUCGUCCCAGCCCAACCUCCAUGUCCACUCUACCAGCUGAAACAAUGAAUAUUGUUGAACCUAACCCACUCCAAGUUCAACCAACAAGCAGCACACCUCAACAUCCCUUGACCCACCCUGUCACUUUUUUUGCAGCUUCAAAACCUACAGCUGAAGAAGAUCCCAAGAAAGCGGCGGCAGCAGCUGUUGCAGCCAAGCUUGCUGCCUCUACGUCUUCUGCACAAAUGCUCACCUCUGUGCUAUCAUCACUGGUUGCAGAAGAAGCAGCUUCUAUGAAUGGUGGCUCACACUCUGGAGUCUUUGGAAAUAGUUUGCCUCUCUCCAGAGAAAAACGUCCCAAGCUUGAGAAACCAAUGCUGGUUUCAGAAAUGGGCAGUACAACAUACUUCGCUAAUGUACAACAGAAACAAUUAACCAAUUCUCCCCUCGCCCCUGGCCAAGCCUCAACCAUGAGUAUGCAGCCUAUGUCCCAAGCCAGUCAAGUACAGUCUCCAUUCCCACCACCUUUACCACUACCACCCCCACCCUCCCACGCCCACCAAUAUGUACAAUCCACAGGUAUGAUGGCUGGAGUGAUGCCUUAUGGGUAUGGUGCUACAAGCCUACCUCCUCCUCCUCCUCCCUUGCCUGCACACAUAGCAAUGGGUUUAGCACGACCAGGGAAUCAGCCACAGCAGCAGCCAGCAACAGGAAGUUAUUACCAGCCACCAGGUACUGGAUUCUAUGGGCAGAACCUUCAGCCGACAACUCCACCAGUUCCUCGGCAGUGAUUUCCCAUCAAAAUAAUCUAUACAGGCUAGAGGGUUGUCUAAGUAUCCCAUCUGUCUGAUUUUGUAAAUUAAUAUUUUGUGACUUAUUUCAAUGUAGAAAGCCAGGUCAGGCACAAGCAGAAUGAGUUCCCCUACAAUAGUGGAAGUUGAGUAUGAAAUGCUAGGUUUACAGGGGAUAACACGAAGCCAGUCUAUUUCCCGAUUAAAGAAAAAGAUGCCAGAUUAGCCUCAAUUAAGGCCGUAGUAGUUGUUAAUCAUCCUUGUAUUAACUUUCAAAAAGUUGUCUUUCAAGGAGGGACCCUUGUAAGUUUAGAUCUGGUUUUUUAAAAACCACCUUAGGGCUGCAGAACCCUACUGAUGGUUUACACAAUUACUACACUAUACCCUUUACCUCUAUC